AUGUACCAAUGUGUUUUAAAUUACACAAUCAAUAAAGGCAUAUUGUUAGGGAAAGGUGGAUUUGGAAGUGUCUACUUGGCAUAAAAUGAAUUAAAUUAAGAGUAUGCUUGCAAAAUAAUGUAAAAGUUUUGAGAUAAGUAGAUCAUUACAAUCAAGCCAAAAUAACUAUAAAAAGCUUAAAUAACUCGUUGAUAGAGAAUUAUCAAUAAUGAGUACUUUGGAUAAUCAGAAUAUUGUAAAGAUGGCUCAUUCUUAUUUCGAUGGCAAAAAUAUUUACAUUUUUAUGGAGUAUUGUAAUGGUGGCAAUCUGAAGAAAAAAAUUAGAGAACUUUAAUCAAUUUACCCGUGUCCAAAGUUUUAUUAGUAGAAAUAUGAAAAGUUGGCUUAAGAGGUAUUUUGGGAUAUAAUUGACUCUCUAAAUUAUUUAUAUUCUAAAAACAUAAUUCAUAGGGAUAUCAAACUGGAGAAUGUUUUAAUCCAUAAUGGCAAGUAUAAGCUUUCCGAUUUCGGAUUAUCCAAGUUUUUAAGUGAUAUCGAUGAAGUAAUGUUUUAAUUUUAAUAAGCACAGGAACCAAUGAGCAGCAUAUUAGGGACUCCAUGUUAUUAAUCACCCCAAUUGUUAAGAUAACAAGUUUAUUCACCAAAAACAGAUAUAUGGUCCUUAGGUGUUUUACUAUAUGAGUUAUUGAAAGGAGGAGAAUUACCUUUUAGAGGUUUUAACACUCAAGACUUACUAAAAGAUAUUGAAAAUAAACUGAAAAGUAAUCUAUCUUUACUAAAAUAGCCAAUUACAUUUAAAAUCAAUUAUUGUCAGUCGAAAAUAAAUUACUUUAGUAUUUAGUUUCAAAAAUGCUUGUCAUUGAUGAAGAGCCAAGAUUAAGCCUUAAAGAUCUUUUAUUAAAAGUCAAUUAAUUUAGAAUCAACGCCUAGUUAAUGUAAAAAGAGAAUAUUACUGCAACGGAGACCAGAUGCAAACCAUAUAGGCCAGAGAAAAUAACAUCCAAAAAGCCUACUAAUUAAAUUUAAGAAAUUAAUAAGAAAGAAUCAAUUCCUUUACGAUUUAUAUAAACAUACAAAGAAAAAAAACUAGAGGCCACAUUUAUAUCAAAAAUAUUAGAUGAUAAACUAUCUUCAAAUAUACUAAUUCUGUUAGCACUAAUGUUAUUUAUUGCUUUGAUGUAAAUAUCAAUUAGAAUUUGA